AUGUGGACGUAUCACAGCAUAAUGCAGAAGAUAGAAGAACAUAGAAAGUCUCUUCCUAUUGCUUCAGUGGAGAAACCUCUUAUUGAGGUGGUUCAAAAGAAUGAUAUUGUGAUUAUUGUUGGUGAAACCGGUUGUGGGAAGACUACUCAGUUGCCUCAGUUUCUGUUCAAUGCUGGAUUCUGUCGGGAAGGAAAGAUGGUAGGGAUAUCACAGCCGAGCUGUAUCGCUGCCUUGACUGCUGCUAAAAGGGUAGCUGAGGAGUGUGAUGUUCAAUUAGGCCAAAGGGUUGGUUACUCGAUUAGGUUUGAUGAUACUUCUUCUAGCUCCACGAGGUUAAAAUACAUGACUGAUUGUUUAUUGUGGAGAGAAGCCUUGGUGGAUCCUCUUCUUUCUAGAUAUUCAGUCAUUAUUGUCGAUGAAGCCCACGAGAGGACUGCUCAUACUGAUGUUCUCCUGGCCUUUCUUAAAAAGGUGCAGCUGGAUCGGUCAAAGGCUGAGAUUGGUGGUGUGUUAAAGCUGAUAAUCAUGUCUGCAAGUUUGGUGGAUGCACGUGUAUUCUCUGAGUAUUACGGUGGUGCCAAUGUUUUUUAUGUGCCAGGGAGACAGUUUCCUGUGAACAUAUUUUACACUGAGACAGAUUAUGUUGAUGCAGCUUUGGUCACUAUAUUUCAGAUUCAUUUGGAGGAGGAGCAAGGUGAUAUACUUGUUUUCCUCACUGGACAAGAUGAGACUGAAUCUCUUGAAAGACUUGUCCAGAAAGAACUUGAGCAUUUACCUGAAGACAAGAGGAACCUUCUUCCACUUGCUCUCUUUUCAUCAGAGCAGCAGAUGAGAGUUUUUGCUCCUGCGCCUUUUGGUUUCCGUAAGGUGGUUUUGUCCACAGAUACAUCGAUUACAAUUCCUGGAAUAAGAUAUGUGGUAGACCCUGGGUUUGUUAAGGCACGAACCUAUGAUCCUAGCAAAAGAAUGGAGAGGCUUGAUGUUGUUCCAGCAUCAAAAGCACUGUCUCUUCAAAGAAGUCGACGUGCAGGACGUGAGGGUCCUGGGAAAUGUUAUCGUCUUUAUCGUGAGAUGGAAUUUAAGAAGCUGGAGGAUUCAACCAAACCAGAGAUCAUGAGAUGCAAUCUCUCUCAUGUCAUUCUGCAGCUCAAGGCUCUUGGAUUUGAUGAUAUUCUUGGAUUUGAUUUUAUAGAUAAACCAUCAAGGAGCGCCAUUGAAAAAGCAUUGGAGGAGUUGCAGCUGCUUGGUGCCUUGACGGAUGAUUGGAAACUAGAAGAACCGGCUGGUCAUCAGAUGGCACGUCUGCUCCCGCUAGAUCCAGUUUACUCAAGAGCUCUCAUUUUGGCUAAUCAGUUCAACUGUCUUGAGGAAAUGUUAAUCACUGUUGCAAUGCUCUCUGUGGAAUCCAUAUUUUAUGAUCCUCGUGACAAGAGAGAAGAAGAGGCAAGAAGUACAAGAAACCACUUUGCUAGCGUUGAAGGAGAUCAUCUAACUUAUCUUAGUGUUUAUCGAGAGUCGAAUGAGUUGUUGGAGCAGAUAAAGGCGGAAAACAGUGAAGCCAAUGUUGAUCAAAUUAUGAGAAAAUGGUGUAAGGACAACUUUGUGAAUAGCCAUUCCUUGAAACAUGCUCGUGACACUUAUAGACAAAUUCGUGGGAACGUUGAAAAUAUGGGUUUUAAUGUGUCUUCAUGCGGAAAUGACAUGCUCGAGUACCUUAGAUGUCUUGCUACAACGUUUUUCCUUAAAGCAGCUCAGAGACAAAUGGAUGGUACAUACAGGGCUUUGGAAAGUGGUGAAAUUGUGCACAUCCACCCAGCUUCUGUUUUGUUCAGUUCCAAACCAGAGUGUGUUAUCUUCAACGAGCUUGUUAUGCAAACCAGCAAUAAGUACAUCAAGAACCUGACAAGAAUUGAUCCCUUAUGGUUGCCUCCUCAUCAUUACAACUCAGAAGAGUGA